AUUGAAAAUAAAGAAAUUACACUACACAAUAUAAUCAGAAUGAUAUAUUACAUCACAAGUGUAUGUGAUUAAGAAUUAUUCAAUAUUUAUACAGUAAAUGUUUAUGAUAAAUAAUAUCCUUUGUUUGGAAAGAUGUGAAUGACCAAAUAUUGAUGUACUAAAAUAGUAUGCUUUCCUGUGGUAUAUUCUAAAAAUUUAAAAAAACAUGUGAAAACAUGAUAACCCAUAGCAGUACUUGAGAUGAUUCGUUUAAUUUGGUGCUUAAUAUUAAAUAAGUAAAAAACUAUGACAACCAAUUUAAUUUUUCUCAGUUGAGAUUAUUAAAAUAAUAGGGUAUAAUAUAGUAUAUGACUUCUAAUGUAUACCUAAAAAAUAAACUACAAAAUGAGUCGUGAGGAAAAUACUGCUAAAUAUGUAGCAAAUAGAAAAGAAAUGAAUAGCAAAAUAUAUACAUCCACUCCUCAAAAAAAAAUAGUGGAACAUCAUGCAAAUACUUCUGAAAUCGGACAUAAAACACCUCAAUGCAUUGCUCAUAAAAAACAAACAGAACUUGACGCAGUAAUUUCUGAUACCUCAUUUAAUACGUCUACAGCUGAGGCCCAGCCAAUAUCCCACAAGGAAAAUGCAAAUAAAAUUUUAGAUGAAACAUCGACUUCUACUUUCCAAAAUAAAGCCACAGGAACAUAUGCAAAUUUAUCUGAAAUAUUAGAUGAUAGUUAUACAAAUCAAAAUGUUAAUUUGGUAUCUAAUGACGGUGCUGCUGCAUCAAAUAGUGCUGAUUGUUAUAUCAAAGAAGAGAUUGAAAAGACAAGUUUAAAUAACUCAAUAUCAAUAUUUAAGCGUUCUGAAGAUAUGCCCACUUUAUGUUCUAAUCCUCUAUCUCAAAUAAAACCGCAAUUCGUACGAAUAUCAACAUGUAAACAUCGCAAUCAAGAAGUCAGUAGUGAAGAGCUAGUUUCAGAAGACAAAUUGAAAAAUGGCAGUUGUUUAUCCUUAUUCUCUGAAGAUUGUAAUAAGUCAUCAGGAAUUCCAGAUCAAUCUACCACAAUUGACACAUCCUCAAUUUCGAUGAACUCCAUGUUGCAGAAAUCGAGCACAACGAAAUCAUCGUCUGGAAGUUUGACAUCAAUACCUGGACGUUUACACAGUGCUCUUUUGCGCAAAAUAUCGCAUCAUACAUUUUCAGGACGUUCAGCAUGCAAUGAAAUACAAUUUACUACAAUUUUGUCCGCAUCCGCGUGUGCUUACGUAGAGAUCGUACUUACAAGAGAGGAAAUCAAACCAUCGAAGUUUACUUGAAACCAAAAAAAAAAAAAU